AUGUCCGACUUCAUCGAGCUGUCUAGUCCCUAUGGCUCCAGUUCUCUCGGGGGUAAAUCCCAUGCUCGACAAUCAAUCCGAUCUCUCGGUUCAGUUCAUCGCAAAUUGGGCGCCGGCCAGUACAACGUCAUCUUGACUCCUCAAGAAGAGCAGAUUGACGAUGGCUUCACAAAAGGCGCGGGUAGAUCGCCGUCGACAAAGGUUCUUCCCCCGACCAGGUCAGGCAAAUUUGGACGAGACUUGGUGGUCGAAAUCCUCAUCUGUACCUUUGCCGUUCUGAUAUCAGUGCCUUUUACAUGGCUAGCCGUGACCAUGGCAAAGUACAAUCACAAGGUCGUGACAGAGGCGGAUACAAAUUACAUCAAGCAGGCGACAAGCACGGCGUCGACGCUUUUCACCAUCCUCUUUGCAGCCGUCCUCGGAACGACGCUCAAGCGAUUCGCGACGUGGCGACUUGAGAAAGGCGCCAAACUCGGGCUGCUUGAGCAGAUCAUGCAGAGCCGCACGUUCUUUUCGGCCGUCACUACACAAGUUGCUUUCCCAGCUAUUAACUUCACCGCCUUAAUACUGGUGAUCUGCUGGGCCUUUUCACCCUUGGGAUCACAAGCAUCUCUGCGUCUGGUCAGCACUGGUCGGGAACUGAGAGCAGAUUCCAACAAAGUCAGCUAUGUCGAUACGAUCACCAAUCAGGUCUUCAACUCGGUUUCGGGAGUCGACUCAUUACUGACCUCUCUAAAACCAAGCUACAUAACCUCUGUCCUCGGACCCGACACUGUGAAGGCGGGGACUAUGGAUCUCUGGGGAAAUGUCAGGAUACCCUGGCUAGUCGACGACCUGGAAAAGGACGGUGACGGCUGGGCCACGCUAUCCAAGGAGAAUAUGACGGAGGGCUCAUUCUCGGCCCUAGUCGGUGUACCUAUCGCAUCCCUGGCUAAUCGGAAUUCGAGCGUCGUUCUCGAGACAACAUACAUGAAUCUCGACUGCAACAAACCUCAGGAUCAAGAGGAGAUCAAGAUCAACUUUAACGUGACAUCGGGCAAUGGCACAUUCUUGGGACCCAACACCACCGUCGACUCGGACACUGGCAUCUAUCCUUUUUGGCAGGUGGCCAUGAACCAAUUUGUCUCGGACGACGUUUACUUCUAUGGCUAUCCGGAACAGUUGGUCAAUCUUACCGAUGUCGACAUACCCCAGGCUACUUUCCUCUUUCAAACUCGCGGACCUUGGGUGUCAAAGUGUCAGAUCAACCAGGUUUACCUUGAAUCAAAUGUGUCAUGCCAAUCGGUCCCAGAAUCUCAACUUCCAGUCUGCGCUGUCACCGCGCAGCGAAAGUCCCCGAAAAAGCAUGCACCAUCGACAGUGACCACGCUUAGCUUCCCCAGCACCUUUUCCUAUCUUACGCAGACAUGGAUCCUUGCAACCGAUCCAUUACUCAGCUCGGGCUACUCUUCUUUGAGCGAGUAUUACUUACAGAAUACAACGGCGGCUUUCAUUUUAAGCGGCAAUGGUCGCGAGUACGCGGAUUACACGAACGUCACUGCUCGACAAUUUUCCCAACGACUGGGCCAGCUUCUCAACACCUGGGUACUUUCGAGCCAAGUCUCGGCCGAUACUAUGCAGUAUACUCUGAAUCACGAGAACACCACCGCUUUUUACACGGAAGGGUUCGAUGUCUAUGUCGUGUCGUGGCCCUGGCUGAGUCUCUACUGUGCAGCGAUUGGGGUGAUGCAGAUUGCGGCAUUCCUCACCAUUUGGUGCGCAUACCACACGACCAUCCCAGACGUUCUGUCGUACUGCUCGUCCCUGACCAGAGAUUCGCCGUACUUUGAUUUCGCAAAAGGCGGGAGCGCACUGGACGGGAUAGUCCGGGCCAGGAUGAUGCGGGAUGUCGACGUCAAACUCGGAGAGGUGGUCGAUCAGCGCAGCGACUAUGAUGUCCAAAAGGGCUUUGUCAACGACACCAGCAACCAGCCCAACGAGCAGAUGCCAUUUCUGGCGUUCGCACCGCCGGAGUAUUUGCGCAACACGAGGCGUGGAUUUUUGUAUGCCUGA